UUUACGAAUCUCUUGCAUUUACCAAUAAAUGCAACGACGAGAAAUGGCAGAUCACUCCAAGAAGUCUUAUCUGAAAUGGAGUUGAAUUGGCAGGCGAUACAAGACACUCUCAAUAGACCAGAUGAACGUCAAUUGUUGCGCGGUAUACAAUCAACGGAAGUACCAAAGCGUUUGAGUAGAAUAGUGGACACACUCGUCCUUGAGACAGGCAAAUAUCAAGAUAUUGAAGAAUCUCCACCUGCUUUAGAUUGGUUUCUCUCACAAGACAUUCUAUCAAAGUUAGUUAAUUUAUCAGCGGCUGACAGACCUGUUGGUAUCAAAACAGAAGUACUCAAGGCAGUUUCAAACCUCUGUGUUACAAUGCAGUCUCACUUUUUUGUCCAAGCACCAGUACAUAAACCUCUAGUACAACUACUUAAGAUAUGUACAGGUGAUAACACACCGAAUAUUGAAACAUCAAGGGUCUUGGGUGCUGCUAGUACGGCAGCUACUUCUCAGCCAUCGGAAUAUGAAGAGCACUUGGUUGACCUCUUGUGUAUCCUCUGCAACAAAAUUAAAUCAUCUCCAUCACUUCUUCACAUAUUCUUCAUGGACAGAUCAUGGAUAAGAUACCCAACGAGAAAUAGAAGGGAAUCUCAUGAGGAUAGGCCUACGUCUCCAACAUCAAUGAGUACUGUCACCUCACGUGGUGCUCUCUCAAAUAAAUCAGACUCUGAAUUCUUACUCUUCACUUAUCUGCUGCGAUGGGUACAUAGAGAAGGACGCACUGGUGACUUGGCACGUGCAGCUAUACUUCUAUUGUUUGAAGUCAGCACAUCAGACAAUAUCAAUGAAACUGAAGCUUCAAACAUUGAAUUAUCCUCUUCCGUAGACAUAAAAGCGGCUGUCGCUGAAUUUAUUGUGGAUGGUGACCUUGCUGAGGUCCUAGCAGCUGGUUUGGGUGCUGUCUAUGGUAUACUUCCGACAAAUUUGGCAGUCAUACCGACAGAUCCUCAAGAUAAAGAACAAAAAUCACGUUCUAAUAUAGUCAACAGGUUGGGCCUGGUGGCUAGUGUUGAAUUAUCAACCAGUAUUGCCUUCCAAAAUCAAUUAUGGGUAUUUAUGAGCGUAUUUGAAUUCACCGCUGAGAUAAUCAAAAGGGGUUUGAGGAGUAACAAUAAAUAUGGCAUAGCAAUAGCUGAAAAUAUCUUAGCAUCAGUCAAUGAUACUUUCUUUGGUAGCGUUCUCUAUCCCUCAAUAUUGGAAUGUUCGUCAAUGGACUAUUCAGCUGUAGCCGUAACUACCUACCUUGAAGUUAUGUUAGCUUCCUUAAAUAGUGGACCAUUAUCAGAAGCUCUAUUGGAUUAUUUACUUGCAGAUGAUGAUGAUAACAAAGCUAAGGAGGUCAGUGAUGAGAAACCAACAAAAAAACAUGAGAGACGUCGUAGUACAGCUCUCGUAUUGUUGCAGAGCGAAAAUGCAGCGAAAGCCAAAGGCUCAUCAGAAUAUUUCUCCUCAUUAGGUAGAUUCACUUUGAAGGAUUUGAUAACAAUCAACUUGCGUUCUACUAAUGAUGCGACUGCAGUAUCCACUGUAAAACUAUUCAGUCAACUAGCUUAUUCAUUUGAUGAGAUAUGCUUACCUAAGCUAAUGUCUAUAAUACCAAAGAAAGACGCAACUGCAUUCCCAUAUUUCCAUCAAUUACAUAACCUCAUGAAAGAUUACCGUAAAAGGGAGAUAAAUGGAAAACAGGAGGGCUUCAAUGAGGAUUUAUUACCUAUUCCACCACCAAUGAGAAAUGUUGAAGUGAAUGAGGACGAGUUGACUAACUAUUUAAUGUUGAUUGGUUCUAUAGACGCUCAUACAACGCAAGAGAUGUUAUCUACAGGUUAUGAACGCUACUUAGAUGAUGCUCAAGCUGUCAUAAUGUUACAUCCUCAAUAUAAAUUGGCGACCGAUACAGAAAAUGAUGAACCUUUCCAAGCUCAACAUAAAUUCGAUUUGAAUGAUAAGACGAUGAAUCUUAUUUUGGAUAGUCUGAGAAAUUUCUUCGUACAGUCACUAGAAAUGAAUGUGUCACUGUCAGGUGCGUUAGCUUCACUCGCUUCGAACCCUAGAAGAUCACUUGAAGGUUUCAUGACAAAGGAUUGGGUAGAUGAGGAUGAUCCAGAUUACGAUGAGUCACAUCCACGACCUGAUAACUCUUUACCUAUUGUUCUUACAAUUAUUCAAGAUCUCGUCGAUCAAAUUGAUGAUUAUCGCCUUCAAGCAAAGAACAAUAUCACAUCACAAGAUUUUGAUUUCUGUUUGAGGGAGAGAAGAAGAGGUAUGUUAUUUAAGGAGAACCUUGAAGAUGCUUUGGCUUUAUUGGGUGAUGUUGAACCAGCUCAACGUAAUGAACUUGUCAAGCAAUUCGAAGAGGGUGUUGGUAGGGGUGUCCUGAAAUCUCGUAACAAACGAAGAAAUCAGCAAAAGAAGAAAGAUUACGGAGAGAUUGGAAGAAUUAGUCAUAAACGAUACCAAGAUUCUAUAGAUACCGAAUUUGAAAAGAGGGUUGAAAGGAAUAAUAGCUGGGGUAUAAGUAAUUUAACUGCAAAAGCAGAUAAAUUCAUAAAUAAACCUAAAACUAGAUCAGCUACAUCAUCUUUAGCUGCUCUAUUCACCAGUAAUAGAAAGAAAUCCCAAUCGAAUGAGGUUCACCAACAGAAGAGGCAAGUUAGUGCGUUUGAAGGACCCGCUACACCAUUUUAUGAUCACUAUCGACAAACUGAACAAUGUUUAAUUAUACCGAAAGUAACUGGAAGUACUAAUAGUAAACUAGAAGAUGACCAUAUGGAUAGUAUACCUGAAGAUGAUGAUAAAGAGAAUAGAGCGGAUAGUCGAGAUACUUUGUUAGAAAAGGUCAAAGAAAUCAAACCGGUAACAUUAUCACAUUUAUUAGAGAAUGUUGUUAUUCUCGAAGAAAUGUUGAAAGACAUCGUCGCAAUAAUUCAAAUACGUAGAUCAAUCGGUAUAGAUCUUGUUUGUGUGUUAUAAUUUACUCAUACACAUAUUUUUAAUAAAC